AUGUCUUCUGCGCCCACCAAGAAAGUUCGCGUCCAGGAAAGUAGCAGCGUCACUUUCUUUGAACGUAAAGCGUUCAAAUUCACGUGGACAAUCAAGGAGUUCAGCUCCUGGACUGCCGAGAUUGGCCCCUGUAUGCAACAGUCAGCAGUGUUCCCGUCCGGCAAGGAAGAAAGUAUUCACAUCGCUGAUGAUUUCGGGGCUCUUGUGGACGGUCAGCGUUUCGGAGAUGUUACGGUGAAGGUCGGAGAUAAGAGGUUCCGCGUGUACAAGGGCAUUCUUGCGUCCCGAAGUCCCGUGUUUGCCGCCAUGUUCGAGCACUCCAUGAAGGAGAAAAUCAAAAGUGUCGUCACGAUCGUCGACGUCGAGCCGGACGUGUUCCACGAGUUGCUGCGGUACAUCUACACCGACAAGGUCCAAAAUCUUACCACGUUGGCCUACCAGUUGUUCGCAGCCGCCGACAAGUACGACAUCGGAACGCUCAAGACCCUCUGCCGGAUGUCCAUCCUGGCGAAUAUUUCGACGGAGAACGCCACGGAUGCGCUCAAGUGCGCCGACCUGCAUCUGGACAGCGAGAUGAAACGGCACACGCUGGAGUUUCUCCGCAAAAAUUCCGGCAGUCUGCUGGCCAUGACCGAAACAGCGGGCUGGAAGGCGUUUGAGCUUACGUUCCCGCACUUGGCAAUCGAAGUGUUGAAGGCAAUCGUAAAGUCGUAA